CACGGAUAUGAAACGACCACUGUCCUAGUUCAUGAGAAGUCCAUUUACGGCGCCCUUUCAAUAUACUCCGUACUUCGUAAUUGAUAUCCUUAGUAAUUGAACUACCUGAAGAUGCUUCUCUCACAAGAAAUUGUGCUGCCUUGCGGCCUCCGCUUCGCAAAUCGCCUCUCUAAGGCUGCGAUGGCUGAGAACCUAGCACCUAACCACAUUCCCAACGAUAAGCUUAUAAAAGCGUAUGAGGAAUGGUCGGACGGUGAUUGGGGCAUGAUGCUGACUGGGAAUGUGAUGGUAUCAGACACUCACAUGGGAAGUGUAAAAGACGUCGCCAUCUCGUCCAAUGCGUCGGCUCAAGCUUCCAAAGACCUCCAGGAAACGUGGAAACAUUGGGCGGAUACCUGCCAGCGUCACGGAACUCCAACAGUGGUCCAGCUAUGUCAUCCAGGGCGGCAAUCGCCCCCAGGGGCAGGCAGCCGGGGAUUUUUUGAGAAGACGGUCGCUCCAUCUGCCGUGAAGUUGGACUUUGGACCUAGGAUAGUCGACAAACUUGCCGUUUCUCUUGUUUUUGGAACGCCAAGAGAGAUGACAGUCGACGAAAUCUCAGGGGAUGGCGGACUGGUCGAUCAGUUCGUAGCAGCUGCAAAGCAAUGCAUGGAUGCUGGAUUCAAAGGCGUACAGCUCCAUGGAGCACACGGGUAUUUACUUGCCCAAUUCCUAUCGCCCCAGACAAACCGGCGCACCGAUGAGUUUGGCGGAAGCCCUGCGAAGAGAGCUGAGAUUGUCCUCCGCAUCAUCCGCGCUGUUAGAAGUGCGACAAGUAAAGAUUUCUGUAUUGGUAUCAAGAUGAACAGUGUCGAUACAGCCUCUUCGGCCUCGCUGUCCGAUACUAUGGAGCAGAUCAAGCUUGUCGUCGACUGUGGUAUUGAUUUUAUUGAGAUCUCCGGCGGCACGUACGAAAAUCCUAAAAUGAUGGUCGAUCCAGAGGCGGACUCUGCCCACAAAGCUCCCGCGAGUGCCGCUGCGAAUAAGACAUUCCAGAGAGAGAGUUUCUUCUUAGAAUUCGCCAAAACCGUGCGAGAAACAUUUCCAGACCUCGUCCUCAUGGUCACUGGCGGCUUCAGGACUAGACUCGGCAUGGAGCACGCGCUUAAAUCAGGCGGCUGUGAUAUUGUCGGCAUCGGGCGACCAGCAGCUGUGAUACCCAGAUUACCAAAGGAGAUCAUACUAAACACCAAAGACGUCUCAGACGAACAGGCUAAUGUCACUCUGGCCGCGUUUCAGAUGCCUCUCUACGUCCGCACGUUUGGACUGAAGCAAGUUGGUGCUGGGGUCCAAACUGUUUACUACGUGGCGCAGAUCGGAAGGAUGGGGCGAGGGUUAGUACCGGUUGAUAAUAGAAUCAAGGCCAGUGCUUGAGACCAUUAUGUGCGUGGUUGGGCCCAAUAGUCUAUAGAACUAGAGAGGACGUGUGCUAAGUGCUACAAAACCGUCACUUGAAGUCAACGUCUGUGUAACGGGUGCCGCCGUUACAGUACAUGUGGUAUUUAAAGCGUGUUACGCGUAUUCUGGUCGAGC